CGAAGGUUCCGAAAUAAAAUACUGCCAUUUCUACGAUGCUACAGUACAAGUAUURCAGGGAGGUUCAAGGAUCGAUGAAUCCAGCAACCCGCAACUUACGUGCAUGAGCAAGCACAAUCACAAGCACACGACAAGUGAGGGAAAAAAAACAAGAAAAAAAACGAAGGCAUAAUGCAGAUCCACCGAAAUCCAACGAACGACGAUUCUGCUGCCGGCGAAAUUGACUCGCCGACCAUCAAGAUGGACUACCCUAGCUGGAAAUUGGGCAAAACGAACUUGUCUUCGUCCGACCAUGAGGAACACGCGGGUUUGAAAUCUCCGGCGUCCCCCACAYUGGUGUCGCGCGCGAAUUCUCCCGCCAACAAAGAGAAAGAACGAAAGAGAGCGAGAGCAAAAAAGAAAGCAAAAGCGAAAGCGAAAGCGAGGAGAAAAMGGCUCGAUUCCGACUCGGAUUCGGACUCCGACUCCUCCUCAGAAGAAUCGGACUCUGACUCCGACAAGUAUCGAAAGGCGAGGAGGGCGUCGUCGAGAAGAGAAGGGUGCGGGUGGGUUUUAAAGUGUGUUUGCUUGGGAGCUAUUUGCGGGCUUGUUAACGUGGUYAUCAUGGAAUCCAAUCUCGUCAAGCUCGAUAAUCUCAACUAUAAGGAUCUCAAGCUCGAGGGAAAGCUUAAGGAUCUCAAGCUCGAGGAAAAGCUCAAGGGCCUCAAAGACAACCUCCCAAGGAUUGAAAUCCACUAUGGUGAUGAGUCUCCGCAAUCAAAAACGCCUGAGUCUCCGCAAUCAAAAACGCCCCGCACGGUCAAGAAGAACAAUUGGGUAAAAGCAAGCUCGGACAGCACAGACAAAGACAUCUGGAAGGUCAAGCCCGCGACUAUCAAGAAAAUCGUCACAAAGGACAAGGUCCAGAAAUUUCGCCGAGACGAUGAAGACAAAAAUGGCGCCAAACCGAAACCCAAAAUGACACCGCCACCGACUCCAAAGCCAACAGUGCCGCCACCRACUCCAAAGCCAACAGAGCCGCCAACGGACACCUUGGCUCCUACAAUUCCAUCCCCGGAAGAAAGGCAAUGGCAAUUGUAUAAGGCCACUAAGGCUGAAUUUGAGUCAGUCAUGCCAUGGAAGAACUCUUCGCUUUUUACCACCGUGAGCCGAACCGUUUUCCACCAGCUAGCGGAAGACGCUCUGCGCGCCGCAAAACCGGUGGUGGACGAUGUCUACACCUCGUGUGAGAUCUACCUCAUGCCCCCGAAUGAGGAUGAGGGUGCCAAGAAAGACRAAGCAUGGAAACCCAGGGUUCAAUUCAAGUGCCUCGGCAAAGGCAACGACAGCGAUAGCGUCAAACUCCAGGACAAAAUGUGCCACACGGCCAACAUAUGCAAGGUAGUCUUCGACGAGGAAGYGUGGGAAAAAGAGCUAAAGGUUCCGUUGGACCUCGGCUACAAAAAGUACGAAGCCGUGGAGGCCGCGAGAAAGCACCGCGUACACCCGAAGAAAUCGGCCAUUCUCAUGAUGGUAGGUGACCUCGACUACCUUACUCAAGACGACGUCUUCAAGGCCACCCUCAACAAGGCGUCCUACGCAUACCGAUCCAGCCAUUCCUUCUAUUUAUGGAUCGGUGAGCUYAAGUCCUCCGUGCUCGACAAGAGAGAAAUCGAGUCGGUCGGACCCGCCCUGGGGGCUAGAUGCGCCGACAAGCAUCUGCCCAACAGCAUGCACUACUACAAGCCCAUCGCCUUUUUGGUACUCCUAGACAUGCUACCGAAGUCGCACUCGACAUCCAUCUUCUACAUGGACGCCGACGCCGAGUUCACUACUUUGGCUUUUGAACACAUGGACAACARGUUGAACUACGGGAUCGGACCCGAAUCCUACCUCGAGGUAUCUCCGCAGGCCUCRCUGUUGGCGACCCAGAACAUCAAGGGGAAAAUGCUCAUGAACAGCGGYAUCAUGCUGCUACGAAAUACCCGCUGGGCAAGGGAACUGUCGGCCAUCUGGUGGCACGCCCGCUGCGGGUCGAAGGACCAACUGGGGCUCUGGAUCGCCCUCUUUGCUUCCUUGAGUGCCUGGACCACGGAUGUGCCGAGCGAUAAGAAUAAAAAGGAAGCCUUCGCUCCGACACAGUACUCGUACCCGGGUCAGAUCUUUUWCACCUACGAAUCCGCCAUUCACAAGACGUUUGGGCACUUCCGAAACAACGGGCACAAGAUCCAAGCCGCAUGGGAAGAGAUCACCGAACAUCAAAAGAAGAACGGGGGGCUGAAGAAUGACAGCGAUGGCUACAACCUUCCCAUCCCCACCAACACAAAGCUCUACAACGGGGGCACGUACCCGGGCCUUUUGCCGAUCCUCCGCGGGGCCAUGGAGCUCCCGCACUUUGUGAUUGCCCCGCAGGCACCGAUUCGAUACAACUACGACAAGGCAGCAAACGCSACCGGCGACGAGAAUGCGAACACGYUGUUGCUGCUGAGGCUUAAGUCCGAGGACGGAAAUUCCUUCGUAGCCCACAGCAAAGCCCUCGAGAGUUGUUCGAAGCAGCGAUGCUGGCCAUUCUUGUCGGAGAAAUAAAGAAAAMAAGCGAGUGUWAUUCAAUGCGAUUGUUUUGUGUCGCCUAGCAUUGACCGUCAUGAURAUGUACGUAGAUGAGGGGAACAUUAAGUUAUCCCCGGCAAAGCUCUGUUUCUAAUGCAUGUUUGAAUAAAGGAAGAUUUUGGAA